AUGGAGGGCGCCUGCGGCCCGGAGGGCGGCCUGGGGCGCGCGGUGUGCGUGGUGACCGGGGCCUCCCGCGGCUUCGGCCGGGUGCUGGCCCUGCUCCUGGCGCCGCUGCUCUCCCCGGGCUCCGUGCUCGUGCUGAGCGCCCGCAACGACGAGGCGCUGCGGCGGCUGGAGGCCGAGCUGGGCGCCGGGCGGCCCGGGCCGCGCGUGGUGCGGGUGGCCGCCGACCUGGGCGCCGCGGCCGGCCUGCAGCGCCUGGUGGACGCCGUGCGCGGGCUGCCCCGGCCCGAGGGGCUGCAGCGGGUGCUGCUGAUCAACAACGCGGGCACGCUCGGGGAUGUGUCCCAAGGCUUCGCCUCCCUGGCUGAUGCUGCCGAGAUCAACAGCUACUGGGCUCUGAACUUAACCUCGAUGCUCUGCCUGACUUCCAGCGUCCUGAGGGCCUUCCCAGACAGCCCUGGCCUCAGCAGGACUGUGGUGAACGUCUCUUCCCUCUGCGCCCUGCAGCCCUUCAAGGGCUGGGCGCUGUACUGUGCGGGGAAGGCCGCCCGGGAGAUGAUGUUCAAGGUCCUGGCCGCGGAGGAGCCUGGUGUGAGGGUGUUGAGCUAUGCUCCAGGGCCCCUGGACACAGACAUGCAGCAGUCGGCCCGGGAGAACUCUCUGGACCCAGAGUUGCGGAAAAAGCUGCAGGACCUGAAGACAAAGGGGGAGCUGGUGGAUUGCAGGAUGUCCGCCCAGAAACUGCUAGAUGUGAUUCAAAAAGAUACGUUCACGUCUGGAGCCCACGUUGACUUCUAUGAUAAAUAA